GUCGAUAUGUUGGUAGUAAAAAGCCAUAUUAUUUUACACCAUAUUUGAUAAUAGGAGACUAUACUAAUAAAAAAAAAGUUAAUAAAUGGGCUACAUGUAAGGCUUGUUACAAUAUUCUCAGAGAAGAAGCCAAAUUAAAAUCAAUUGCAUUAAUUAAAUUUAAAGAUUCUAAUCUCGAAUUACCAAGUUGGCAUGCUUUAGAUGAACGAAUUCUAAAAGUUGAGAUACAACAAUUAAAUAGUAUACAAAAAGAAAAAGUGAUUAAAGAUAUUGUUGGUGUAACAGUUGCUUUUGACGAUUGGAAAAAUAUAAAUAAGGAGUCAAUUUUUGGAAAAAUUUUAAUAACCUCGAAUGAAAAUGGUGAAUUAUCAUUAUUAGAAGUUGUUUGUAAGCCUGUUGGUAAUCCUGAUUUUUGGUUGACAAUAGUGGAAUUACAAUUAUUAUUGGCUCCUAUUUGUAAUUGUCUUAAUCAAUUACAAAAAGAUACAUCAAGAUUAUAUGAUGUUCUUUAUACAUUUGGAUAUUUUUAUGAAAUAAUGAAUAAGUAUUCAGACUAUGAAUUUGCUGAACUUCAAGAAUAUCAUGAAGAAAAAAUUAAGCCAGAAUUAGGUUCUGUAGCAUUACGUAUUCAUAGUAUAUUAGUAAAUAGUGCUUCUGUAGAAUGUUUAUUUUCCUCGAUGAGUUUUUUUCAUACAAAAUUACGAAAUAGAUUAGGGGAAGCAGAAAAAAGUUUUCAUUUUGCACCACUGAUUUAUUAUUCAUUUGAAGAUAAUUUUAAUGAUAAUGAAUCAACAUACAAACAUGACUUUGAUAAAAAUAAUAAUAUAAUUGAAACUUCUGUGAAAUGGAAUAAGAUUCUAAAUAGUUGGUUUUCACUUGUCAAUAAUAAAGAAUUAGCUUAUGAUGAAUUUAAUGAAUUUGAGUGUAAUGUUACAUUUGACGAAGAAAAUAUUAAUGCUGAAUUUAUAGUUUGUGAAACUCAGCAUCUUGCUGAUAACUGCAAUGCAAAAUGGUUACUGGAAAACCUUUUUAUUAAUAAUUUAUCAGAACUCUCAUAUGUGUUAGCCACUAAAAAAUGUGAAGAAGAGAAAAAAAAGAAAGAAACUGAGUAUUUGCAUCAAAUAGCAGAAAAAAUAAUCAAAAUUCUGUAA